CAGUUCAGUCAUUGGGAGUGUAAUAUGUAAACCUUUAUGUGCAGUGGUAUUUAUCAGAUGAAUUCUGUGGUAUCAAAGAAAUGGUAGGUGUUUUUAUUUAUAGUAUAAUCCAAUAUGCAAGUAAGCUAAGCCCAGCCCAUUCUAAACUAAAGGAAAAUGUGCCUACUUGACUGACCUCUGUACUCUAUGUGGGUGCUUUAUUCUUUAUCACGUUCACCUUAGGUUAUUUAAAUGACCUUCUGAAGCUGAGCAUGAGUGUCUUGAUAGUCUUGUCUUCCCACACCUCACUGUUGAUCUCUAAGCUACUUGUGUUUUCAGGUUCUUAUUGUUGCACAAGAUAAUUAGUGAAUUGGUCUUCCAGUACUGAGGAACUAGAGAAAUGGCCACUACGCAGUCUGUCUUCACGUUUGCUCUCUGCAUUUUGAUGAUAACUGAAUUAAUACUGGCUACAGAGAGCUAUUAUGAUAUCUUAGGAGUUCCAAAAACUGCAUCUGACCGCCAGAUCAAGAAGGCGUUUCACAAGCUGGCUAUGAAAUACCACCCAGACAAAAAUAAGAGUCCUGGUGCAGAAGCAAAAUUUAGAGAAAUUGCUGAAGCAUAUGAAACAUUAUCAGAUGAGAAUAAACGAAGAGAAUAUGAUCAGUUUGGCCGUCAUGGAGGACAAGGGAAUAAUGGAAGCCCAUUCCGUCAGUCAUUUAAUUUCAACUUUGACGAUCUGUUCAAAGACUUUGACCUCUUUAGUCAAAACUCACGGUCAAAAAAGCACUUUGAAAAUCACUUCCAAAGUCAUCGGGAAGCUCACAAUCGGCAAAGACGUUCUUUCCAAGAGUUCUCCUUUGGAGGUGGACUGUUUGAUGAUGUGUUUGAGAACAUGGAAAAAAUGUUUUCAUUUAGUGACUUUGAAAAUGCACACCGCCACGCGGUCCGAACUGAUUCCAGGUUUCACGGAUCCAGCAAGCACUGCAGGACUGUCACUCAGAGACGAGGAAACAUGGUGACCACGUACACAGACUGUUCAGGACAAUAGUGUUUCCUUUCUUUUCAUCUCUUCUUUCAACAUCUUCAUGAUCUUUCUUAAUUUUGUGCUAACAUGGAAAAAAAAUCUUAACUGUUUGUUCUAAAAAACAACUGCUAUAAAGAAAUUGUAGAUGAAACUAAUCUUCAGAAUAGAAACAACAUGCAUUUGGGAAGUAAAUGUCUCAGUAACUGAUUGGAAUGGGAGAGAAAUAAUCUCAUGGGAGAGAAAAUUCUAUGGAUUUCAGUUUAGUAAAUACUUUCUGUAACUUUGAACUUCAACACAAGAUAUGUAUUUUUAAUUUCAGAAAUGUAAUAUAAUUUUUUCAUAUAUGCCAGUUCAGGACUGUUUAAGUUACUGGUGCAUGGAUUGCAGCAGAACAGAUACUUUAAUUUUGAAGUGCUGCUUUUUUUUUUUAUCACAUCUUUCCAAGUUUGCACUUGCCAUUUUUACCUGAUAAGGACUUACUGUGCAAGUUAGAUAAUUUACACAAAAUAGCAGCAGAAAUAUGACUUACCUGGGUCUUUGCUACUCUGUCCAGCGUUGCAAAUGUGUUAACGAAAAAAAUACUUUUUGAAGUUGGAAAAUAACAAGAGAGAGAAUAUGUUAAGAUUGUGCUUCACCUAGGAGAGUGAUGUAGGAAUUAACUUUUAUUUCCAAAUAGCCUUUCAUUGGCCUGAAAGAUCUUAGGAUUUGAAUAACCCCAAACUUAUUUAAGGGAUAUUCAUGUAUGUAAGCUUAUGUGCACACAAGGCUUUUUUUUUUUUUUUUUCUUUCCUUCCAACAUACAAAUAUCUCUCUAACAGGUUUGGAAGAGCGCAGCGAAAACACUCUUUGUUUUAUGCUUAUUACAUUACCAUGUGUGCAAUGUAGUUUCCGUAGCUGAGUUUAUUGAACUUAAAUACUCCUCCAUGAUUUCGUGAACUUAAACAAGAUAAGCUUGCCUACAGAUUUCUCGUGUUUCUGGAAGCGUCUAAAUAAAAAAUAGAUUGUGUUCAGAUUGACAGAUUUAUUACCUGUCAGUAGGAAUUUUUCAGCACUGUGAUUUGAAAGGUAAAUUCUUAGCAUGAACACAAAGUAAAAGUGAAAAUUCUAAUUGUACUUACCUAACGUCUUAUGGUGCUGCAGUCUGCUAAUAGGGACACUACUAAAUGUGCGUCAGUUUCAGCACCAUGGAGAUGAAUAACCAGUCUAAACUAUUUAAAACUAAAAAAGAAAACAAACAACAAAACCUCUGAAUAUUUUAACCAAUGUCAAUCCAAAAGUUCUGUUUUAUUUCUUAGCUAGUACAGGCUUACUAUCGUAAAUUGCUUCCCCUUAAUAAGAUUGUCGUCACCCACAUACUACCAUCUCUUUAGAAUUGUGCAAUAAGAAUUUGCCUUUCAGAUUGAUUGCAUGAGCAAAAUGAGCAUUUUAAACAGCAGUGUUUUAAAUAGGCUUUGAGUUCUUAAAAUCUUUACCAAAAGAGAUUUAACUCUUCACUUCUCAGAUGAAUAUUGAAAGCUGCCUAUUUGCUAAGUAACCUUCCCCCAGGGGUACGUAGUAUUGCUUGUUCAGUUUUCAUUCACUAAAUACUUGGAAUGGAUUGUUGCAUUAUAUUAAGUGCUUUUCCUUUUCCAUGUUCUUCUUUAUUUAUUAACAGACUAAUACCUCAUAUGGUCUUUAUAAAAAGCCAGUAAUUUGUGCAACGUUUUCGGAAUGUGCAAUAUUCUUAUAGUGGGAAAAGUGCUGGAGUGAGCAUGUUUAUUUCCACCCUUUUUCGAUGUAAGUAGAGAUUUUUAGUUUCUUCUGUAUAAUUAAUAUAUGAUUCAACCAAAAGUUGUAAUUCAUGUAGAUUUCUGCAUUUUUUUCUUUAACAUACUCCAUCAGUCCUGUACAUGAAUCAGAUGAUCUGCCUGAUUCUUAUCAUAUAGGCAUCUAAGUGAACAAAUUAAGAACUUAGUAUUCUGAAUUACUUUCCUUCACAAAUACCAAGUGUUUUUACAUGGACAUUUCUGUAUGCAUUUGAGGAGAAUUGUUCAUGCUGGUAAAACUCUGGAAGGAUGUGGCCUUUAGUAUUAAAUAUAAGAGUAUUAAUGAAUGUCCUUUAGAGAUGGUGACUGCUGGAACGUAAGAGGUGGGAGGCAACUCUAGAAGUAGGAUGCAAACGUAAAAUAUUAAUGCCUGCCUUAAUCUAGUGAACAUUUUCUUAAUUAAAGGGAAAAAAAAAAAAAAAACCAGCAGAAUAAGCAGUUCUUAGGCAUGAGAGAAUGAAUAUUUAAAUUCCUACUAGAACCAACCCACUGACUUCUCCAGACAUAGUUUUCUCCACUUAAUGAACUUGAGUCUGUUCUGUAAUCCUUAAUUAGAGGAAUAAAAGCUAAAAUGAGCACUGUAAAUUGUAGGAAACACAGCCACUCCUAAAAUUUAAGUCUUUUAAGUGACUGUAUGAGUUCACUGUCUUUCAGGCUCAGCUUUUAGUUGAAAAUCAAGGGUCCUUUGCUGCUUCUAGGCUAGCUUCCCCUCUUUAAGGAUGUUCCAAACUUUAUUCAUACAAAGUGUACUUGUUUUCUAUAAUUCUUCGAUGUCAAAGUAUGAAACUGAUAGUAAAACAAUAGGGUUGCUAGUUUUUUAGUGGAUAGUACCUUGAAAAGACUUCUACCUAGUCUAUUUUUAUCUGCUUCCAUAUUAGUUCUCUGAAUUUCUUGUCAUAGGUAAACCAAUAAAUACUUCAUAUUAUUCCCAUGGCUUCCCCAAGUGACCUUUCUGCUGCUUUUGAUGGUUGAUCCAAGGUAAAAUCCAAAGGGGAGAGCCUGUUGCUAGUGUCGCAGUCUGGUGUGUGGCUGUCUGUGUGACUUUCUAUGACGGGUAUGCUUUGAACAGGCUUUAGCUGGAGAAGGGCCAGAAAAAUUACCAGAGGGAUGGAGUACCUCUCUAAUGAGGACAGGCUCAGGACAGGCUGGGGUGGUUCAGCCUGGAGACCUUAUUGUGGCCUUUCAGUUCUUAAAAGGGGCCUGUAAGAAAGAUGGUAGCAGACUUUUUAGCAGGGCCUGUUGCUAGUAGGAUGAGCGAUGAUGGUUUUAAACUAAGAGGGGAGAUUCAGGUUGGACAUGAAAUAAGAAUUCUUUACAGUGAGCGUGGUAAAAUACUGGAAUAGGUUGCCCAGAGAGGUGGUGGAUGCACCAUCCCUGGAGACAUUCAAGGCCAGGCUGGAUGUGAUUCUGGGCAACCUGAUCUAGUUGAAGAUGUCCCUGCUCAUUCCAGGAGUGUUAGACUAGAUGACCUUUGAAGGUCCCUUCCAACUCAAACUAUUCUAUGAUUCUAUAAGUUCAGGCAGGCUUUCCUCAGCCAUCAGCCUUCAGUUCCACAGCCGUCAGAGCACAGGCUGGCAAAGCAUGCUGUGCUUCUCACUUAUUCAGAGCUCUUGCACAUUCUUCGCCUAUUUAUAGGGUUUGCUUCAUGGCAGGCUCUCCAGCGGAAGCCCUGACAUAACCCUAUGACACCCCUGACUUAUGAAGCUUCUUAAGUGCCAUCUUUGGUCUCCAAAUCUUGUGAAAAGAUCCAGGAAAACCUAUUAUUUUUUGUAGUGUGAGGGUGAAAAAUACAAUUCUUAGCCAUUUGUUGAAAGGCAUUUAUGCAUAUGUAACUCCAAAUGGUUGAGUUUCUAAAACUUUACCAAAAACCCCAGUGCUUUUUCAUGUUUGGUUUUUUUCCCAUUAUACUUUUGAAACACAGUAGCUAGUGGAGAUGAAGUACUGUAAAUGUAAUUAGGGUGCCAUUACAUUAAAUGUGAGAAUUGUUUGUGUGUGA